CAGGGAUGUUGUGGAAACACAAGAGCAUUAUAAGAGCAGGUGGCGAUCCAUCUGGAUUAUGUAUCUUACCAUGUUUCUCAGUAGUGUAGGUUUCUCAAUUGUAAUUAUGUCUGUGUGGCCAUAUCUCCAAAAGGGUUUUACUGCUCCUGGAAUUGUAGAAGGCAGUUUCAAAUGCAACUGUGGAAGAACAUGUCCUGGGCAGGGUCCUGGAGGUAUUGUUAAAAUUGAGGCUGGUGCUGAAUUCUUGGAGAAGAAAAGAAAACGUGUCAUUAGCCUUGUAAAUCAGGACAGACUCAGGCAUGUGCAGAGAUGACUUAGGUGACUCCUUGCUCCUGAUUGAUCCGACAGCAGAUGCGAGUUUCUUGGGCUGGAUUAUAGCUUCAUAUAGCAUUGGCCAAAUGGUUGCCUCUCCCCUGUUUGGCUUGUGGUCCAAUUACAGGCCAAGGAGAGAACCUCUCGUUGUUUCAACUACUAUUUCAGUAGCUGCUAAUUGUCUUUAUGCCUACGUCCAUUUACCUCAUUCACACAACAAAUACUACAUGCUGACUGCACGUGCUCUUGUAGGAUUUGGAGCAGGAAACGUGGCUGUAGUUCGAUCGUAUAUUGCAGGUGCCACUUCUCUUACAGAAAGAACAAGUGCCAUGGCCAAUACCAGUGCCUGCCAAGCAGUUGGCUUCAUAUUAGGACCGGUUUUUCAGACAUGUUUUACACUUAUUGGAGAAGAAGGAAUAACAUGGAAAUUAAUUCGUCUUCAGCUGAAUAUGUAUACGGCACCAGUUUUAUUUGGAGCUCUCUUAGGAGUUAUUAAUAUUGUUCUCAUCUUUGCCAUAUUCAGAGAGCAUCGAGUGGAUGACAUGGGACGGCAAUGCAAAAGUAUCAAUUCUGAAGGAGAAGAAAGUGGUGGUCUGGAUCAGGACGCAGAAGGAAACGUUGACCAUGUUGCUGUGGUAGCAAUCAAUUUUCUUUUCUUUGUCAUCUUAUUUGUGUUUGCUGUCUUUGAAACUAUAGCUACUCCGUUGACGAUGGAUAUGUAUUCCUGGACCAGGAAAGAAGCUGUUUUUUAUAAUGGAAUAAUCCUUAGCGUGGUUGGCAUUGAAUCGGUUAUUGUGUUCAUGGUGGUUAAAAUGCUAUCUAAAAAGACUGGUGAGCGUGCCAUACUCCAUGGAGGCUUACUGAUUGUCUUGGUUGGAUUCUUUAUCUUACUGCCUUGGGGGAAAAAACUACCAAAUAUCCAGUGGCAAGAAAUAAAGAAUAACUCCAUUCCCAGAACAACUUCCACUGAAAUGUUAAUGCCUUUCUGGAGUUUGGAAGCCCUGCAGCUUCCGUCCAACCACACAGUGGAACCCGUAGGCUGCCCCAUCACACAGUCCUGGUGCCUGAAUACUCCCAUGAUCUACCUGGCCCAGUACAUCAGCUCCGACAUACUAAUAGGAUUGGGCUAUCCAGUUUGCAAUGUCAUGUCCUACACUUUAUACUCAAAAAUUCUAGGACCAAAGCCUCAGGGUGUCUACAUGGGAUGGUUAACCGCCUCUGGAAGUGGAGCACGAAUACUUGGGCCUGUUUUUGUGAGCCAAAUAUACACUCACCUGGGACCACGCUGGGCAUUUAGCUUAAUCUGUGGAGUAGUUGUAGUCUCUCUCUUACUCUUGGAGAUAGUAUAUAAGAGACUAAUUGCAUUUUCUGUCAGAUAUGGAAGGAUGCAAGAAGAGAAUUGUUAAAUAUGUAUUUAAAAAAAAAAAGUAAAACCAACCAGAAAGAACACUUUAGUUUAUUACUACUUUUUAAUGAGGAGUACCUAACCACUGACCUUAUUGGCUGUAUACUAAAAGCUCUAGACCUGUACUUACACAUUGAGAGAACACAUAACUUGAUCAUAUCUUAGUAUACAGUUACACCUGCUGCAACAGAGCUUUUGUAUUCUGCCUUUCUGGCAGUGGAGGAAGGGAUGUGAACAAGUUACAUCAAUACAGUGGCACAUUCGAAGUGUGUACAGUUUAAAUGAUGCGCCUGUGUACUAAAUGCAGCUGUGAAGGUCACAGGUUAUGUGCAUCCUUUCCAGAAAGAAGUAAAAGAAAUAUUUAUCUUGAUUCUGUGAAUCAGGAUUAGUAACUCUUUUGUAACUACAAGAUUAGUUGAUCUGCAUGCACUUUGUAUGGAAACAUCACUACCUAAGUGAAUGUUCGGGUGUUCAGUUUGCUAGCUUGUAAGCACUGGUUAAUACAACAUGUCUCACUUUGGAAACUGUUACGUAUCGGUACAUCUUCUCCAGGAUUUCAACUGAAAUGUGACAGAAUUGUAGAGGAAGGUAGGUGCCUAUGUCACAAACAGUUUGUGUGGAAUUUGGGUAUUUAAGUCAGUUAAGAGCCAUUGAAAAUCACAGCCGCAGUGGCUGUUACUUGAACUACAGUGAAUGGUACGUGCAAUUUUUCUUCUACCGUUUUGCUGAAUGCCUUUCUGUAGCAAGAAAGAUAACCUGCACAGUGUUGAGUUACAAGCUUUUCUUAACUUUACUACAAGAAGGAAAUACUAGGCAUGAUAGUUUACACUCUUGUCAUUUGUGAGAAGGCUGAGCAACCAGUGUUAAUUAAGUAAAAAGGAAAAAACUGGCUCCUUGGGUGUCGACUAUUAUUUGUUGACUUAUUUUUUCUAAUAUGGUACGAGAACCAGGAAUUUACAAUGUUUGAAACAUUCAGGGUUUAUUUUAAAAGAGUCAAAUAAUUUUCCUUCAUAACGGGGCCUAAGCUCAUCUGUACGGGUUUGUUUUAUCUGUUUCAAUACUACUGGAGAAAAAAAAUCUGGAAUAACUCCAAUAUGAGAGUUGGAGCUGCUGCUUAAUGUGUCUAAUAUUUGAUGCUUACUGAAUUUAUUAAAUGUUAUUAAGUAUUCCUAUGUAAUCAAUUGUUCAAACACUAAAAGACUACUGAAUUAAAAGAUUAUUUUUUCAAUACCGAUUGAAGGAUAUAUAGAGGUUUUAUUCUCUCUUGGGCUUUCCUGUGGUGGAAUCACAAAAUGUUAUAAGAAAGGACUUCACUUCUAUAAACAUUUCUUUUAUAUGCUAAUUCAUAAUAAAUAGUAACAGAAACACUGUGUUUUAGUGGUGAAAACAGGCUCCAAGGUGAAAUGCUUAGAGUUACAGCAACCAAGAGUUACUUUGGUCAUGAGCAAUUGGUGUUACUUGAAACAUGAGAAAUGCAAGAGUUUUCAAAAUGGCUAACAUGGUUAGGAUUUUGCGUUCUACAACUCAGUCUGUGCUGAAAAUAUGUAUGUUGUAGGAUUUGUGUUACUGUUGUUCUUCAGGCUAGCUAACUUCGGAUUUAAGAGUGAGAGAAUGUUUGGGUACUCGGAGGGAUUAUUUUAGCUGUAACAUAUUUAAAGGGUUAAGAAUAAAACUAGAUUCAAGUCUCCCAUUCUGCACUGAAUACCUGUAAAAUACAGAAUAACCCUAAAAAAGGGGUAGC